AUGAUCUCGGAGGUUGCACAUGCCGAAUGUGAGCGAUUACUCGAGUUAUUAACCAAUCCACGUGUACAAGAAAGCUGGUCAUGGGUCUUUAUGUCACGUGUGAAUCUUCCUGGAUAUGACAAAGUGAUUAAAAAGCCCAUGGAUUUAGGCACGAUAAAGAAACAUUUAGGCUCGAAACCUUCACGUUGUCGCUUUAAAUCGCACGAGAAAUUUGCAAAGGACGUUUGUCUUGUAUUUCAUAAUGCACUUGUGUAUAAUAAGGACGAUCAAGAUGUUGAGGGAUCUGUUUAUGCUGCAGCACAACAUUUAUUACGUGUCUUUGAGACUGCGUAUGCAAAAUCAAUCGAAAAUGUUUUGAAAGCAGAUGAUGCAAUGAAAGCAGCACAUCGAGAAGCAAAGAAGGAAGAAAAACGAAGAGGUGAUGGGAAAAUAGAGAAGAAGAAGGAGCAGGAGGAGGAAGGGGAAGAUUAA